UUCAGUGAGAUUUUACAAAAUGCUUAUAAUACUAGUCAGAAAAGAAAAGUGAAUCGUUAUUACGUUUAACAGUUAAACAUAAAAAUAUGUAUUGGUAUUAGCUGAUCUGUACAUAAUAUAUAACUGCUUUUAGACAAUUAGUUUUAUCAUUUAUUAUACUGCAGCUGUAUGUGUCACAAUAGUUAUGUGAUUAACAUGUCACUCUUGGGGUGAGAUUUUAUUUUUCUCUACUGCUGGAAUGUUCCUGGGUGUUAAUACAAAAUUAAAGGUACAAUUAAAACAAAUUGUUUCUUGCCUGAAGAACUGUAUCAUAAAUGCAAGUUCCUCUCAAGCAUGUGCCGAAUGCCGUCGGUCCAGUUACUCCUGGCAGCUUUCCACUACUAUUGCUGCAAUUGCGUAACAUUAAGUACAUGUUGUGACGAUUGGCCUGUGCCUCAGCAACAACAACACCCCUUUGACUUUUUCUCAAAGCACUGAGUUAACCUGUUUGAGUGAUGAUUAACAUGACCUGUGUAACAGAGAUGAAUGAACCGAGGAUUGCAAGUUUUUUUGCACUCAUUCUUGUUUUUGUGACAUGACUGAAUGCCAUUUACAGGAGCACUCAAGGAGAGGAGCAAAUCCGUGAGAUGGUUCGAUAAAUGUCGAUGUAAUGGAUUUGACUAAAAUGGGUGCGAUCCACCUCCAGAACCCUGGCCACCCCACAUCGCUCCUGCAGAAGGCCAACCAGAUGCGACUCUCCGGGACAUUGUGUGAUGUGGUCAUCAUGGUCGACAGCCAGGAGUUUCAUGCCCACAGAACUGUGCUUGCAUGUGCUAGUAAGAUGUUUGAGAUCCUGUUCCACCGCAACAGCCAACAUUACACUCUGGACUUCCUCUCACCAAAGACCUUCCAGCAGAUUCUGGAGUACGCCUACACCGCCACGCUCCAGGCCAAGCUGGAGGACCUGGACGACCUGCUGUACGCCGCAGAGAUUUUAGAGAUAGAAUACUUGGAGGAGCAGUGUCUGAAGAUUUUGGAAACCAUCCAGGCGUCCGAAGAGAACGACACGGAUGUGAACAUGAAUGAAAACGGCGCAGAGGAUGCCGAUGACCGUAGGAUCAAGUACCUUAAGAGCGCAUUUUUGUCAAAAAAGCAUUCCAUAUUGGAAGGCGGCCAUCGACAUCACUUGGCGCUGGUCGAUAAGAGAUCUUCAGGGUCCACCCAACGGGGUCUUUCAACUGGCAGCCCGACUAAAGCAGCUGUAGAGGGCCUGAUGAGCAUGGGACAGUCCAUCGUCCAAGAAAACAUGGCCCAGAGUUUCUCAAACAACCUCGGUAACUCAUCUCCAUUGCUAGAUAAAAUCAAGACUGAGAUGAUGCAGGUAGACGAGGACUACCAACAUGAAGGCUGCUUCCCCAGGAACGGGGAGGGUGGAGGUGACUCCAGGCAACACCGGGACACUCCUGGAACCCCGACCAGAGGUAGCGUCAUCACCAGCGCCCGCGAGCUCCACUCCACCGAUAGUUCUGCUGAAUCCCAAGGAGACAACACUCAAGUGGGUCUGGUCAAUAUGGCCAGCCUGGCUGAUAGACAUUUCACCUCACUGUGCUCUAUCCCGUCCAAUCAUAAGAGUGAAAGCAUGCUGCCCUUGCCUGUGUCCAUGGCCUCGUCGCUACAUGUGCCGUCCUCCCUGGCCAUGUCGAUGGAUUUCAGUGCCUAUGGGGGGCUCUUCCAUCAGAGCUUGAUUCAGAGGGAGUUCUUAAGCAAGCUCGGGGAUUUCACAGCUAAUGUGAAGCAUGAGGUCCAAGCCCAGAAAGAAAGAUGUGAGGUGUGUGAUAUGGAGUUGCCUGAUAGUGAAGCAGCUGAACAACACAGGAAGUUGCAUGGUGGAGUGAAGACCUUUGGCUGCGAGUUCUGUGGAAAGCAGUUCCUGGACAGUUUACGACUGAGGAUGCACAUGCUGUCUCAUUCAGCUGGACCAAAAGCACUAGUAUGUGAUCAGUGUGGAGCUCAGUUUUCCCAGGAAGACGCCCUGGAAGCCCAUCGGCAGACUCACACAGGCUCAGACAUGGCAGUGUUUUGCCUCCUAUGUGGGAAGCGUUUCCAGACCCAGAAGGCUUUGCAGCAGCACAUGGAGAUUCACGCCGGCAUGCGUAGCUAUGUCUGCAGCGAGUGUGAACGCACCUUCCCGAGCCACACAACGCUCAAACGCCAUCUCCGCUCGCACACAGGUGACCAUCCAUUCGAAUGCGAGUUCUGCGGGAGCUGCUUCCGUGACGAGAGCACACUGAAGGGUCACAAGCGCAUCCACACCGGAGAGAAGCCUUAUGAAUGUAACGGCUGCGGCAAGAAGUUCAGCCUCAAGCACCAGCUGGAGACUCACUACCGUGUCCACACAGGUGAGAAGCCAUUUGAGUGCAAGAUGUGCCACCAGCGCUCGCGGGACUACUCCGCCAUGAUCAAACACCUGCGUACCCACAAUGGCGCUUCGCCCUACCAGUGCACCAUCUGCCAGGAGUACUGCCCCAGCCUCUCGUCCAUGCAGAAGCACAUGAAGGCCCACAAGCCUGAGGACGUGCCCCCAGACUGGAGGAUAGAGAAGACCUACCUGUACCUCUGCUACGUGUGAGACAGAGCAAAAAAUCGGAAUGGGAAAGUGGCAAGAUAUGCCCAAGGACAAUUCACCUGAAGGUUUGCUUUCAGUCCUGGCCAAAGAUGGUGAGAGGACGUGCUCAAAGUGAUGAAAUGUGAUGUGGAUUUUUUUGACCGACUGUUUGUGACAUGCAUUUGUGCACAUUUUUAGGAUGUAACUGCACUCACAAACUUUAUAAAAUGGACAUGUGAUGUAUGAUAAAGGGAUAUUUUCAGAAAGUGUGACUAUUAUACAUUUGUCUGCAUUCCACCCUGUUAAUUGGAAAAAUUCACUGCAUGAUCAUACUUGUAAUGUUUUAUUCAAAUAAGGAUUCCCGCACUAUUUCUCCAUGCACAACCCAUGAGCCAUAGAUUUUCAAGACCCCAUGAAAUCUCCAAGUGGAGGGGAAUGUCAUAGGGAUCAUCCAAUAGUCUUUAGAAGUAUCACAACCAUGUUUUUAAAUGAAUAUUCUAAACGUUGACGUUUUACGGAUACGCUAGCAACCUUAGCGCUCACACACAUAAGGCAUUUCUCAAUGUCAAGGAUACAGGACUGGUCCUUCCAAGUCACUUCCUUCAGAGGCUAGGCGAGGCUCCUCUUUAGCAUUCGGAGAACACGUAAAUGGAACAGGCUAGCAAGUGCACGUCAUUGCGUCAUUACAUCAGUGAAAAGGUCCGUUUGAAUAACGCUGUGAAUAUAGUAUAAUGGUAUAAUAUUAGCGUUAAAUUACUUUGGACACCUUAACUAGUCAUUUAUAAAAGAAAUGCCGGUGACGCAACCAAGCUAACAAUUGUUAAAUGACAGGUCCGGUUCAGUUAGCCAUCAAUAUUGUAAUUUGUAUUUGUAUAGUUUACAAUAUCAAUAUGGUAGUAAUUAGUACUGCCAUUUAAACGUUAAACUUUACUUAUAUUUACUACAGUUAUAACAAAUGUUUAGUAACUUAAAUAAAAAACGUUAACGAUCCGACUCCGCUAACGUUCGACAUUUUUUAAUUUUUGAAAAAGAUAGCAAAGCUGCGCGCAUAGGAUUGUGGGUGAUUUGAGAGCGCGGAGAGCGCGAGGGCUACACAUAUGCAUCCUUUCCUAUGUAUGGGAUAUUUUUCAAACGAAGAUAUCCCAUAUCAGUCCUUGGUUGAAAUUCCGACUAUCCUUGACAUUGGAACAGUCCUUCGACUGAUGUCGAUGACGUAGUAUCCUCGAAAUUCUGGCUUCCGAGGAUCCUUCCUUGACAUUGAGAAAGGCCUAUAGACUCAAAGCCUCAUAUGUUGAUUUCAUGGGGUCUAAAUGGAGCUCAAAUAGAGUCAAUGGAGUAAAUGGAGUCAAAUUAAUACAUGGACCAAAGCCUAAAACUCACACACGACGAAAUAGAAUGAAUGAAAUUAGGCCUUUUUUAGUAAAUUGCUCCCUUAAGUUUUUUAUUAGGCUCUCUAGUACUAAAUUUUCAUGUUUUUCUUUUUAUAUAUAUAAAUACAUGCGAGGAAAUUUACAGAGUUGGAUCCAUUAGUCAUUUUCUUUAAAGCAUAAUAAAGUGCUUAACAAAACAGCUUUUCUCAGAGGUACAUCCAAACUGUGCUGCCAAGCAACUGUAGUGGAUGUUCAGGGACAUUUAUUCAACCUUAAAUAACUACACUGUGCACUUUCAGAGGCCCAUUUUAGUUGUUUUCAGCACCACAUUCUGCAUUUAGUGCAUUCAGACGAAAAUAGAGAGGUUAAUCUCUGUGAUUUGCAUUCAUUUCAGUCAUUUUAACACCAAAUAAUACAGCAUUUAAAUUUAUUUACUUUAACUUUCACGUGGUAACAUGACAAAAUCACAGUUUUGCAACUGCAGCUUUUUAGCCUAAUGAAAUGUUAAUAUCAUACUCAGAAAUAAAUUUGUGAAUUUAAAAGAGAUUAUUUUUUACAAUUAAAAACCACAAUGCAGUAUAUUUUUCUGCAGUCUUCUGCUGAGGAUACCUUUGGUUAGCUUGCCUUUUUAGUUUUUGUUCUGUCAUCUGUUUCAACGUUUUACUUGAAUUGCCUAAUUUUGUUACCUCACAUGCUUGAUAUAUUUUUGUACUAGUCUUUGUCUCUCAUUUCCUGCUGAGCUUUGUUUAAAAGCUGUACAAUGCAUUCAGAAUACCACAUCAUCAGACCCACACAGAAUUCGAGUGAUCCCGCAAUUUAAAGCAAAAUUGGAACAUUUUGUUUUCGCAACAUUCUAUAUAUCUGCAACUUAUGUGUUUAUGUUUUGGUUAACUGGUAAAUGAUUUAGUAAUCAAUAAGAGAGUAGUACUUUACAUUUUUAAGGUCUUUUACUAUUUUUAACUCUAUUCUGCAUUACUGGAGUUUUCUUUUAAAAAAGAAAUCACUAAAAGCGUGGUCAAAUUUACUUUUUUUGACGAAUUUCAACAGGCAAAAUUACAAUACGCACUCGUGGCAAUACAUAACUAUUUUAUGUUCUGGCAAAUUUGUGACUAAUUGGUGUAAAUUUGUACAUCUUAUUUAUACAUUUUUGGAUGAUCUGCUUACACCCCACUGAUUGUAUAAUAAUGUUUUUUGUUACCUUCAUGCUUGCAUAUUUUUCCAGUAUUUUGCAUAUUUUUUCAGAUUUUUUAAUUUCCAGAACAUCAGUACAAAUACAAAUUCAUACAAAAUCCUCAUAAAACUCUUACAUGUUCUCAUGAGAUCGGGUUGAAAAUCCAAUCUUAUCAAUAGGAAUCGACAUAAUCAGGAAUUUCACAUCUUCACCAUCACUUUCUCAGAUUUCUCAACGGGUUCAACUUGGUCAUGAGUAUUUGCCUCAUUGACAAACAGAAAGAUGGUUUGAAAAUGACUUCUGUGUGAGCCGUGCUUCGUCUGCUUAUGGCCCACUGACGAUUACAUUUAGGGAUGGACCUUCAUGCUUAUGUUUAUUUUCUAAAAACCAUGUUUUCCUACGAAUAAUAUCUUAUGUAUUCAUACAAAAUCAGAACCUCUGAGUCUUCACAUUAUGCAAAUUCACAGAUUAUAACAGUAUUGUCAAUGGAUCUUUUUAGGGGUGCACAAUAAAUAUCCAAUAAUGGAAAUGGAUGUGUGAAAUCACGCAUCUGAUGAAACUUACCGCUGAUUAAAGAACCGAAUUUAAUGACGAGAUGCGGAUUAAUUACCGGCCGAUAUUUAUCGUGAACUCCUACUUUUUUUUUACUCUUAAAAUUACUGUAAAAUUUGGCUAUUGUGACCACACCUUAAAUUCCGUCUGGGUCUGUGAAUUAUUCAGUGGUAUUUUAGUGUUAAGCUAUGAUGUGCAUAUCUGCCUCUUGGCCAUCUGUUUCAGGGCUACCUCUACUCUGCUCUCAGUUUUGCACUAAAGCAAAAGCACACUUUUGUUUUGCUUGUAACUAGAAUUUUCAUUUACGCCCAAUCUCAUGUUCCCAUUAACUAGAAAAAAAAAACAGCCUGGUUCGUUCGUCAUUAUAUUUACACUCCUUUCGAUGAAAUGUGUUCAACCUGAAUGGGUAGAUGCGUACAUUCUAGAUGACUUAAGAACAGCGUUGAGAAAAUGUUUAGUUAUUAGAUACUUGAGGGGAUAAACUUGAAACAAUGUGAAUAAAAUGUUUUUAUGUGAAAAUUAUUCAAGCAGUAAGUCAUCAGAGAUGAGUUAUUGAUGCGUGCAGUUACAACGAUAUAUCACAACCAAUUCAUACGUAUUUUACGAGGUGGCUUAUUCGUACAAAUUUAUACGACCUUACUCGUACGAUUUUAUAUGAUUUGUCUAAACCCCAGUGACAGUUAGGUUUAGGGGCGGGGUUAGGUGUAGGUCAUUCCUAUGAAUUCAUACGAAUUGUGCAACUCGUAAAAUACGUACGAUUUGCCAAAAAUCGUAUGAAUUUGUACGAGUGUGGUCGUACGAAUUCGUACCAAAAAGCCACCUCGUGAAAAAUGUACGAAUUGCCGUGAGAUCGGGUUGGCAGUUACGUGGGAAAGCUCCCUAGAGAAAACAAAAACCAAUAGGUGAUUUCCUGUGAAAAUAAAUCUCUUGCAAAGAGCCAAACGCGGCACUUUGAUAAGGGAAUAUGUUGUAUUUUUGUACGGGGUAUUGUGCGACCCAUUCUUUUUGGUUUAUUUUGAGUGUGGCGAAUAUUUUUACAGUAUCUUUUGCAUUUGUGCUUGUUCUUGAUUUGAGUGGAAAUUCUUGUGCUUAUUUUACAAUGUUAAACAUAUACAAGUAGUAGAUGUAUGUAAAAACAUAUUGUAGUCAUUGCUGCUGGGUGUCAGUUCAUAUGAUGAUGAUGAUGAUGAUGAUGAUUCCACAUUUUGGGUAUAAAAUAACUGUGAGUGAACUAACGCCAAGACCUGUAGGUCACGGAGCACAAGCAACCUGUAAGACAUGAAAAGUAAAGCUGUAUCUGUGUGUUUGUAUCGUGUUCACUGCUCACUGUUAUACGGUCUGUACUGGUCCUUGUGUGUGCAGUGUGAGUCAAAGUGGUCGACUUAUUCAGUGUUAAAUACAUGCACCGGUUAGCAACAAAGAGGUGUUCUGACAGACACCCUGUAAAUGAUUUGAUGCAUCUUCUGCCCUGUAUUUGUGUCUUUAUGCAAAGUCACCUUGAUAUGAACUGUGCUCCUAGGCAAUCAGGGAUGCCUUCACUUUACUCAAAGAACAUCACAGAUAACUUUUUUUAGGAUCAUUUUUAGUUUUAUAACCUCUUUCAGUUUCUUUUUUGUUUUUGUUUUUUGGUUGCCACAAGCAAUAAAUCUACAGGUCAACAUUUAAGUAAAAACUUGGCAUCCCUGCCGCUGUAUCACUGUGUUUUACUUUGCUUUCAGACAGGAAGUAGCCAUGUCACUCAGUGCGCCCAUAUUUGUGCCAUUGUUACACAAAUGAAUACUCGGACUGAGGAUCCACGUGGGACCAAAUGGCCAUUUUCGCUCCAUUUGCCUUGUUCUAGUGACAAGACUGUUUUUGGUGUCGAAAUGGUUUUACAUUCGUCGUGUUUUACUUUUUUGUAUUGUCUACCUCAGCACCAGUUCUUUGUGUAACUUUUAAAAGGUGCCCAGUUAUUGUUAUUUUGUUUUGUGCAGAAAUUUGUAUUAUAGCCGUGUAGGGUUUUUGUUCUUUGCUGUUUUGAAGCACUGUGUGAUGAUUUUGAUGCUGCAGAUAGAGGUGUAGAUUCCUUUUCCCUUCUCUAUGUGGGUUCAGACACAUCUCUGUAUUCGUCAGUGUUCUAAAAUAAACUUCUAACAGAAAUGU